AUGAGCAAGAGGCUUCACGCCAUGCUCAAGUCUCAUUCUUGGAACGGAAAGGUUGAGAAGCUGGGCCUCGAUGAGGUUUUUAUGGACGUCACCGACAUCAUCAACUACAACCUCUUUUGCCUUAAUAAAAGCUCCCUACCCUCCACCUUUUUCCACUUAUCCAAAACCAACCCCGAGCACGGCUUCCCCUGCGACCUCACCCGCUUCGCCGGCUGCGUGGAGCGCUUUUCCGACGAAGCCCUCGACAUGGAGAACCCCGUGUGCGUGAGGCUCCUGCUCGGCUCCCACCUAGCGCACUACCUCCGGACCAAGCUCGAGAGCGACUUUGGCUUCACCUCCACCUGCGGCAUCUCCACCAACAAGAUCCUCAGCAAACUCUCCGGCGCCAGGAACAAGCCCAGGAACCAAACCACCCUCCUCGCGCUCACGGACCGAGACUACGCCGCGUUCAUGGACAAGCAUGGCCUCCGCCAAGUCCCCUACAUCGGCUCCAAGACCUGCAAGUCUCUCGUCGCCAAGAUCCGGCCCGACCUACCCCCGCCCGACGCCCACACCCACGACUGUCCCAUCACCGUCGCCGACGUCCGCGCCUACCCGGGCAUGUCGCCCGCCCUCCUCGAGAGCAUCCUCGGCGGGCCUGGCGCGGAGAGAGGGACGGGCGACAAGGUGUGGGCUCUCCUGCACGGGAUCGACGACACCGACGUCAAAGCCGCGGGCGACGUCCCCACCCAGAUCAGCAUCGAGGACACGUACAGGGAGCCGCUGGAGGACCUCGACGUCAUCACCAAGGAACUCUACAAGAUUUCCCAGUCCCUGCUGCGCCGCAUGCGCGUCGACCUCGUCGCCGAGGAUCCCAACCCCCACAGGCCCUCGGCGCAGAGGUGGAUCGCCCGCCCAAGGGUCCUGCGCCUCUCCAUCAACGCACCCAUAAGUGCGGACCAGUCCUACUUUUCCCGCACUUCGAGGCUUGUGAGCGAGGCGGUUUUGCCGCUGCUGCGGAAAUUUGCAUCGGGCAAGGAUCACAAAUGGGGCAUUUACCUGCUCAACGUCUGCGUCACGAAUAUGGCUCUGACGGGGAGUGACAGCGGCACCUCGCCUCGUGGCGCAAAGAGGAGGUUUGCCGCGAGGGAGGAAGAAAUUGACGAGACGGAGGAUGACGACGAAGAGGAAGAUGAGGGUAGUGACUGCGAGAGUGAGGCUGAUGGGUGGAUUUCGCCGGGAGAUGACUUUGGUGGUGGUGGAGACUAG